UCUCCCGGCCUCUCCACUCAAUAUACCUGCACUCACCCUUCAAGAGCCCGUUCAUGCAAGACAACCGGCCUCCUUCUUCUUUCUUAAACUGGACACCCACACAGGAGACAAGACCCACCGCCCGCCCGCCCGCCGCUUACCCCAAAGUUCGCCCCAGAGGCCCACAAGGCCUCACUGGCUCCGCCCACGCAGUUCGCCGCGGGGGUUGGAAGUGCCCGCCCCUUCCGAGGAGUUUCCCAAAACCCAGCGCGGCAGUCCGCAGCCGCGCAAGAUGGCGACUCCCAUGCAUCGGCUCAUAGCUCGGAGACAGGCUGAAGCAAAUAAGCAACAUGUAAGAUGUCAGAAGUGCCUAGAAUUUGGACAUUGGACUUAUGAAUGCACAGGAAAAAGAAAAUACCUACACAGGCCUUCAAGAACAGCAGAACUAAAGAAAGCUUUAAAAGAAAAAGAAAACAGAUUAUUAUUAUUACAACAAAGCAUCGGAGAAACUAAUGUAGAAAGAAAGACGAAGAAAAAAAGGUCUAAGAGUGUAACCAGUUCCAGUAGCAACAGCAGUGACAGUUCAGCCAGCGACUCUUCAUCCGACAGUGAAGAAACGUCUACCUCAUCCUCCUCAGAGGACAGUGACACCGAUGACAGCUCCUCCAGUUCCUCAUCUUCUUCCUCCUCCACGAGCUCUUCUUCAUCCUCUGAGUCAGACUCAGAUUCCAGCUCUUCCGGUAGCAGCAGCACCAGCACAGAGAGCAGCUCCGAGGAUGAACCACCAAAGAAGAAGAAAAAGAAAUAGAAUUUCUCCAUCCCUCUUGGACUGCCGGACGGGGAACGUUAAUGCGAUUCUCGAAAGGGAACUUAGAUUAUGUUAAGGCCAAAUAGGUUACCCAGUCAGCGUUUCUAGAGUUGAGAAGUUUCUAACUGUUUUACACAUCAUAAAAGCAUAAAGAGUAUUAAUAAUGGAUUAUAUAUAUGUAUAUAUAUAAGAUUCUUUUUUAUUUUAAAGGUAAAUCUUGUUUUUCUUUUUUACCUUUAAUCUGUAUCUCUGAAACUUAAUCAAAGCUGAAUCCAGUAAAUCUGUUUUUGUGAUGCAACUUUUCUUUUCUCCCUGUGAAGUAAAUGCCGUGCUUUGUCACAUGUUAGCACUGUGCAUCAGGCAUUGUUAGGACGAUGCACUCCAGGACCUGGCCGAGAAUUUCUAAUGCUUUUGGCCGCGUGUUAUUAUGUAAGAUUUAACACCUUGUUACUCUGAACUUGGGAGUUUUCCUCUUAAUAAGUGUGCUCUAUUUUUAUGUUUAUGUUCAGAAAGUUAUUCUGGCUCCUUAUCUUAAAUGAAAAGCUCAAGGAACCUGUUAAUAUAUUUAUGCCUUUUCAGUGGUACAAGUGUCCACUUACUGUGUCACAUUAUUCAUUUUCUCCUGGUUCUUAGAGUUACUGUUUUCUGAGGGAAAUCAAUCUAGAGGAACCUAAAAAGGAACUAAAAUUCUGAAACUACUUAGAAGUCUAAUCUUGGUGCCUUUUGAUAACUUGUGUGUAUCAGAAAAAGAGUCACUUCUAAUUUAGGUAAAAGUGGUAUAAAUAUCUUUGUGUUACUAUGCUAUAGAAGGUAGGAGAAGAAGAAGAGGAGGGAGGGAGAAAGGUAGUUUUUACUGAAAACUAGGACGAUGUUGGUUGCCUUUUAUUAAGUUUGUGUAAGCGUUCAUAAAGAUUGCCUUUUACCAUUUUUGUGAUUGUGAUUUGACCAUGUAUAUGGCAGCUGCUCAUACAUGGCAGUCUACUGUGAAAAUAUGAAUGACUUGGAUUAACCUCGUGUGUUUACAUAGCAUAACACAGUUGAAAUGUAGCCUGAAAGAUUAAAAGGAAAUAUUGCACAAUCUUUCUUACACGUGAAA